AAACAGGAUGAGAUAGAAGUGAACUUGUUCUUUGACCAUGAAUAGAUACUUUAAACACAAAUCUCACAGCUCGAGGACCUUAUCGUGGGAGCGCGACUUCGUCAAACAAGAAGUGAUAGUUCCGCCAAGCAGAUGCUCGUCGACCAGCCACUUGAGCGCUAAAACUUUAUUACAAAAAGACACGUGACAGACAAUCCGCUUACCAGAGCUCGGCAUAACUAAAUAAAUAGAAUUGUUCUUCAAGGUUAUCUUGAACCUCGAUCAUCCAUCCAAAUUGCCGAACUUUUUGGUUGUAACAUCAUGGAUGCAUCUACAUUGGCUGAAAAUCUAACUUGGUCUCAAUCAGCGCUUACGAUUCGGGAAUUUCUUGAUGAGUUCGGUAUUCCGAAUGUGGUUCGCUUGCGGAAUAGCCAAGAUGAUUAUGGCCAUAGCAGUUCCUCUAAAGAGGUACUCUUGCUAAAUAAGCGCUUUACGAAACAAUAUUUCACCAGCAAGGACUCAAACGGUAAAUCGAUUUUAAUUCCUCAAGAUUGUCAAAAGAUGUUACUUCUUCGUCCAUUACCAGAGCAGUGUCAGUAUGACGAACUGUUGGUAGAGCAGUUACCAUACGUGUCUCCGCAAGUGAAAUAUCUUCGAGUUUUAAAUACUGGAGCUGAAGGAUCCGUUUCCCGGUGUUUUAAGCCAGAAUCCAUCGUUGAAAUCGAAUUCGUGGAUGCCGGAAAAUCGUUGGUAAAAUUCAAGGACAUCGAUAAACCGUUAUUGUUUGGCUCAUGCUUGGCUUUUCAACCUCUGUUGGAUUUCAGAGAAUAUCUCAUUGAAGAUGCCGUAAGAAAAUUUGGCUUGCCUUUAGCGAUAUUGCACCAAGGAGCAGAUGAAAAAACUCACGACGAGGACCACCAUUAUCGAUAGCAUCCUCUUGCUUCUCAAAUGAAAUG